AUGAGUGUUGUUGAAGCUAGUGCAAGUGGUGCAAACGCUUCCAGAAGUGAAGAGUCCGCCAUUAAAAGAACAGGAAACAUUGCAACUUUUGACACAGCUACUUCAAAUUUGACAACUGUGGAUACCAAUGGCAAUGUGUUCAAGGUUCCGGAUUACACGAUAAAGGAGAUUCUACAGGCCAUACCAAAACACUGCUAUGAUAGGUCGUUGGUCAGGUCGCUUGGUUAUGUCGCUAGAGACAUCACCAUGAUGUGUCUCAUCGGUUACGCGGGACACUCGCUCAUCCCCAGCCUCGAGAUUGCCGGCCAUGAAAAUCUUUCGCUUGCGCUUCGAGGUGCAGCCUGGAUGGCUCAAUCGUAUGCCAUUGGGUUGUUUGGCUUUGGAUUAUGGAUUUUGGCACACGAGUGUGGCCACGGCGCGUUUUCCGAUUUCCAAGCCGUCAAUGAUUUCGUCGGGUGGGUGUUGCACUCGUAUUUGAUAGUUCCAUACUUCUCGUGGAAAUUCAGCCAUGCAAAGCACCACAAGGCAACAGGCCAUUUGACCAAAGACAUGGUCUUUAUCCCAUACACCAAGCAAGAAUACUUGGAGAAAAAAAAGGCGGACAAGAUUGCCGAUAUCAUGGAAGAGAGUCCAAUUUGGUCCUUUGCAGUUUUGGUCUUCCAACAAUUGGGCGGGUUGCAAUUAUACUUGGCCUCGAAUGCAACUGGCCAGAAAUACCCAGGAACUUCAUGGUUGAGUAGGUCGCAUUACGCUCCCUCGUCGCCGGUUUUUGACAAGCACCAGUAUUGGUACAUUGUUUUGUCCGAUAUCGGUAUUCUUGCUGCCUUUGCCGGUGUGUACCAAUGGUACAAGACGUUUGGAUUGUUCAACAUGAUGAUAAACUGGUUCGUGCCAUGGUUAUGGGUCAACCACUGGUUGGUCUUUGUCACAUUUUUGCAACAUACUGACCCAACAAUGCCCCAUUACACAGCCAAAGAGUGGACUUUUGCUCGCGGUGCUGCUGCUACAAUCGAUCGAAACUUUGGCUUUGUUGGUCAACACAUUUUCCAUGACAUCAUCGAGACACACGUUUUGCACCACUAUGUUUCAAGAAUACCGUUUUACAACGCCAGGGAAGCUACCGAGGCCAUCAGGAAAGUCAUGGGUGAGCAUUACAGAUACGAAGGUGAAAGUAUGUGGUUGAGUUUAUGGAAGUGCAUCAGAAGUUGCCAGUUUGUUGAUGAUGAUAACGAUAAAGCCCCAGGUGUCAUGAUGUUUAGAAAUGUCAACGGGAUAGGUGUCAAACCUAGGGACUGA